AAGAAAUGAAAAUUUAGAAAGGGAUUUGCCAGAUAAAGAAGAUGGGAGCAAAUAGCAGCAGUAUCAGCGAGCUUCCAGAAAAUGAGUACUUGAAAAAAUUAUCAGGAGCAGAGCCCAUCUCUGAGAAUGACCCCUUCUGGAAUCAGCUGCUGUCUUUUAGCUUUACCACUCCAACAAACAGUGCUGACUUAAAGCUCCUGGAAGAAGCCACAAUCUCAGUCUGCAAGUCUUUAGUUGAGAAGAAUCCUCGAACAGGAAACCUUGGGUCGUUGAUUAAAGUUUUUCUUUCUAGAACCAAAGAGUUAAAAAUUUCAGCAGAAUGUCAAAAUCACCUCUUUAUCUGGCAGGCUCACAAUGCACUGUUUAUUAUUUGCUGUUUGCUGAAAGUGUUCAUCAGUCGAAUGUCGGAAGAGGAGCUGCAGCUUCAUUUUGCGUAUGAAGAGCAAGCACCAGGCUCGUAUGGAACAGAGUGUGAAGACCUCAUAGAAGAGUUGCUGUGUUGCCUCAUCCAGCUCAUUGUUGAAAUUCCUCUCUUAGAUAUUACAUACAGCAUUUCUUUGGAAGCUGUGACAACUCUCAUCGUCUUUCUCUCCUGCCAGUUAUUCCACAAAGAAAUUCUGCGCGAGAACAUCAUUCACAAAUACCUGAUGCGUGGUCGAUGUCUCCCAUAUACCAGCAGACUUGUGAAAACUUUACUAUAUAAUUUCAUUAGACAAGAAAGAAGCCCUCCUCCAGGGACCCAUGUCUUUCAGCAGCAAACUGACGGAGGAGGACUGCUUUAUGGAAUCGCAUCUGGGGUGGCAACUGGCUUGUGGACAGUCUUCACGCUUGGUGGGGUGGGGAGUAAACCAACGCCACAGCUGGAGCCGUGCUCUCCUCUCGCUAGCCAGAGUCUGCUGCUGCUGCUCGUCCUGGCUAAUCUGACCGAUGCUCCGGAUACGCCGAAUCCCUACAGGCAAGCUAUUAUGUCCUUCAGGAACACGCAAGAUAGCACUGCUUUCUCAUCCUCAAAUCCACACACUUUCCAGAUUAAUUUUAACAGCUUAUACACAGCUUUGUGUGAGCAACAGAAAUCCGAUCAGGCGACUCUCCUUUUAUACAUGCUUCUGCAUCAGAAUGGCAAUGUACGGACGUAUGUGUUGGCACGGACGGACAUAGAAAACCUCGUUUUGCCAAUUCUUGAAAUUCUGUACCAUGUCGAAGAAAGGAAUUCACACCAUGUUUACAUGGCUCUUAUCAUCUUGCUGAUCCUUACCGAGGAUGAUGGCUUCAACCGAUCCAUUCAUGAAGUGAUAUUGAAAAAUAUCACUUGGUAUGCUGAGCGGGUCUUAACAGAGAUCUCACUUGGGAGUCUCCUGAUACUAGUCGUGAUAAGAACCAUCCAGUACAACAUGACACGGACAAGGGACAAAUACCUUCAUACAAAUUGUUUGGCAGCCUUAGCCAAUAUGUCGGCACAGUUCCGCUCGCUUCAUCAGUAUGCUGCUCAGAGGAUCAUCAGUUUAUUUGCUUUGCUGUCUAAAAAACACAACAAAGUGCUGGAGCAAUCCACGCAGUCCUCAAGAGGCUCCCUCGGUUCAAAUGAGUCUCCGCUUCCCGAUUAUGAGCAAGACCUGAACGUGAUCGAGGAAGUGAUCCGCAUGAUGCUGGAGAUCAUCAACUCCUGCCUGACGAAUUCCCUCCACCACAACCCGAACCUGGUGUACGCGCUGCUGUACAAGCGGGAUCUGUUUGAGCAGUUCCGGACUCACCCUUCCUUCCAGGACAUAAUGCAAAAUAUAGACCUGGUGAUCAGCUUUUUCAGCUCCCGACUGGAGCAAGCUGGAGCUGAGCUGUCAGUGGAGCGAGUUCUGGAAAUCAUCAAGCAAGGAGCUGUUGCUUUGCCCAAAGACAGGCUAAGAAAGUUCCCCGAGCUGAAGUUCAAGUACGUGGAGGAGGAGCAGCCCGAGGAGUUCUUCAUCCCCUACGUUUGGUCCUUGGUCUACAACUCCGCCGUGGCCCUGUACUGGAACCCGCAUGACAUCCAGCUCUUCACUAUGGACUCCGGCUGA